AUGCUGGAGAGCCCCGCUGUUAAAAACUUAUACACCUGAAGGAUUUUUGGAACAAUUUUUUUCAAUUAUGGGAAUCAAGGCACCCAAAAAUUUUUUCAUAUACGAUUAUAUUUGAUUUAUACAGUAGGCGAAGCAUUUAUAAAUAUAAUAGGGAUUUGCUUUAGAGAUAGGCUCAGAAAGAAAAGAUUUAAAAAUAUCGGGAAAUGCUGGAAUUGGAAAGAUGCUAAUACGAAAUUUAUCAUUUUUGCAAUUUUAUUAGAGUUUUAA